GCAAAAUGAGACGUGGCUAUUUUGUCUGUCUAUCUAGAAUUUAACGGCGUGAAUAUUCAAAGUUUGUGAAUGUGUAAAUAGGUCUCCGUUUAAUUUAGUAAUUCUUUCUUCUUAAUUUAAAGUUAGAAUGUCAAAUAUUGGUACUAAAGAUACUCUGUUGAGUAUUAUUGAUGAUAUAGAGCUUAUUGCCAAAGAAUUAUUCGAAAACUUGAUUGCACCUAAAGGGCAAAAAUUAACAUCUGCGGAAUUGUCACAGCUUGCUGAACUUCUGGUUUUAAAGGAUCAAGAUUUGAAAGCAACUUUAGCUGUUGCUGCAGAGCAAGCUGAAAUUCAGAAAAAAAUUGAUGCACUUCAAGCUGAUGUUGAAAAACAAGAUCAGGAUAUACAUCACUUGCAAAAAUAUUUAAAAGAAGCAGAGCAUUUAUUGGCAACUGCUGUGUAUCAAGCAAGACAGAAAUUGCAGUGUAUUGCCAAAAGCAAUGAAAAAACUGUUUCUGUUGAUGAACUAAUAAAAUAUGCACAUAGAAUUAGCUGCUCAUAUGCAGUUGCUGCACCACACAACUGGCAACCUGGUGAUCCACGACGUCCUUAUCCAACCGAUAUAGAAAUGAGGCUGGGCUUUCUUGGGCGACUAAGUGAUUUACCUCUGAGUGGCAGUAUGUUACAGCAGCAACAAGGAAAUCUAGAUAUGUCAGUUUCUAGAGGACCUCAUGGUGAACAAAAUCCAUCCUCACAAGCUGGAACAUUUACCUGGCCAGCAUCAAGUGAUUUGAAAAGCAGUAUGAGUGCUUCCAGUAACCAUGGGGUUGGCAUGGAUACUAAAUCUCAUAAUAAAGAAAAUGAAGAUGUGGAAGUUAUGUCUACUGAUUCGUCCAGUAGCUCAUCUAGUGACAGUCAAUAAUCAGUAUAAUUUAUUUUGUAAAUAUUUCAUUUGUAAUAUCUCUCAUGUCAUUUACAUUUGUAAUCAUUUGAUUCAUCCAAUUAAAUGAUUUUAUAAUAGUAUA